UCACAAAGGUAAAAUUGCUCGAUUUUUCGCAAGAACUUUCACUAACAUAUAAAACAAAAUUAUGUUUUUUUUACUCUUGACGAAUCCAGCACUCGCUCAUUUAUCACUGCGUAAUAAGAUUUAUCUAUGUGCUGAUUUUUCUUGAUGUUGAACAUCAUUGUGCUUAACAUUUCAUGCUGAAAAUUCACUAAUCUGAGUCGCGUACUAUGCUGCAUGGAAUAGAAUUUUGUCAAAAUUCUACUGUGAUUUUUGAAUUCUAAGUAGAUUUUUGCUUGAUGUGAAGCGGGCUCCUAGACAAUGAUCAGAACUCUAUUUGUUUGCGCAGAUUUCUAUAACUGAGCCUAUUCACUCUUUGGCGACUACCUAUUUUUGAAUUCAGAAUUCUCUAUUCUACAACCCUACAUUUGCUGAUGUAAAUAUCGCCUUCACUUACACACAAAGACUCUUAUAGUAGGUUUUUUCACCAAUAAGUCUUUACAUAUUGAAAUAUUUGCUCUUCUAAAAAAACCUAUAGGCUUGUGGAAGAGAAGUCAAAUAAUUACUGAUAAAUAACGUCACUAACAAUGAUGAAGAAUCAACAAAGAAAUCAAGCGAAAUAAUGAGAGCUGCUAACACUAAUUGCACCGAGAUAAAAUUUGACUAUAAACUUAUAGGUAACCCUUCUCCGUUCGGAUAAACGAUCACCCUUAGUAUACGACCAUGUUUGAAUAAAAGUUCAUCGGCUCUAUUAGAAGGCCAUGCAAUAAUUAAUUAAUUAAUUAAUUACAAAAACGUAGGAGUGGGAAGAAAGGUGCCUGUAAAUUUCUACCCUUAUAAGCUUCAACACUCGUUUUAGAUCAUGUUUUACAAAAACGGCAAUUUCACAAAGGAAGAAUAAGUUAGAGAAGAAGAAAGAAAAUAACUUAGACGACUUCAAACGAGAAAUGGAAAUUGUAAGUAAAAACAUCGAGCCAAUUUUUGCUGUGCUAUGCAAAUAAUAUCUUAUUUAAUUUUUUUUACUGAUUAUCUUCAAAACAUCUCUUUCAGGUAUGUAUUUAUAAUAAAACUGAAGUGUAAAAUGAUUUUUAUUGUGAAUUUAGGAUGAGCAUAAACUACAUCUUAUUGAUCUUUAUCAACGUUAUAAUACUGAUCCAGAAAAAGGUUUAUCAGAUGCCGAAGCUCUGGAAGUGCUUAAUCGUGAUGGUCCCAAUGCAUUGUCACCGCCGAAGAAAAAAUCAGACUGGGUAAAAUUUUGUAUACAAAUGUUUGGUGGCUUUGGAAUUCUGCUUUGGAUUAGUGCUAUUCUGUGUUUUAUUGCACAUGGUUUUACCGUUGUUCGAUAUUAUAAAGAUGCAUCGAACGAUAACGUGUGUACAGUCAAUCCUUUUCUUUUCAUAGAUACAUGUUAA